AUGCGAUCUAGCUCACUGGCCGGGCUGGCUUCGGUCGGGCUGGCAAGCAUCGCCACGGCCGAGGACCUCCUCUUCUAUAGCACCAUGACUGACACCCAGGAAUACAUACAAGCAACGACCGUUCUUGGGAUGACAGCCCAUGUUGCAAGCCCUGAAGAAUGGGCCAGCUAUACCACGGCUGAUUUCGAGAAGUAUAAGGCCAUCAUCAUCCCGGAUCCUACCUGUGGCGCCGUCAGCACAAUCGACUUUUUCGACCUGACAAAGGCGGUUUGGGGCCCUGCUGUGAUGGGUAACAUCAUCCUCAUCGGCACGGAUCCCACUUUCCACUCUUCAAGUCGACCCGGCGCGCUGACCCUCAUUGAUGACGCUGUUCUGUUUUCUGCCUCGGGCAAUGGUACUGGCCUAUACUUUGCCCUGUCCUGCUACUAUGACUCCGUCGACACCGCCACCGUGGACUCCUUGUCCUACUUUGGAACCAUCACUGUCCGCGGGCGGCUAGCCUGCUACAAUGAUGCGCACUUGGUCGCUGACUCCUCUGCCUUGGGCAAGCUCGAUGAUGCCGCACUGAGCGACUGGUCCUGUAGCGUCCACGAAGUCUUCUCAUCCUAUCCCACCACAGGUCUUUUCGGCUUCGAGCCGCUUGCCAUUGCACAAGGAGCCACUGGGGACGGGCAGAAGGACUUCGCGGAUGGCUCAAAUGGAAUUCCCUACAUCAUUGUCAAAGGGGCAACGCCGGCUGGCUGUGGCGAUGGCGUAUGGGACGCGAGCCUGGAGGAAGAAUGUGACAACGGCCCUUCGAAUGGAACGCCAGAGAGCUCCUGCUCGUCAUCCUGCAAAUGUCUCAAUGGAUCUGUCGCCCCGGGUGUAUGUCGGCCACCGGGUCCGAAUUCCACCUUCAGCACGACUCUGCCUACCCCGUCCUCUACGUCCCUGCCGUCUAUCACUAACUCAAGUUCGACAGUGGUCUCGUCCGCUUCCUCGCCCGUAUCUGCGAACUCCAGCAACCCACCCAGGGCGAACGACUCGUCCUCGGCGUCGAUUUCGCCCCUGGGGUCAUUCACGAACUCGAGCCCUGUCGCCCCCGCCACGACAGGCCCGGCUACCACAGCGCCUGGCAGCACGAGUGUCCCGCCGACCUUCUCCGGCACGCCGGUUGUAGCAAGCGGCAACAGCUCAUCGCCGGUUCUCUCAAGCACGACAAAGUUGUCCGACAUGUCAUCUUCUGUCGCCUUCAGCAACUCGAGCUUUGUCCCUCCGGCGUCAUGGACGCCCUCCGCCUCAGUUCCGACCACUCCGUCGGCUGGGGCGUCUGAUACCAGUGCUUCAGCGAUAAAUGUUACUUCUUCCUCGGAAUCACCUGCAAGCUCGUCAAUACCGUUCACGAAUUCCAGAGUCCAUCAUGCCACUAUCGUCAGCCUCCUUGCCGAGCACGGUUACAAGCAGCGGCGCUGUGCCCAGCGGAACCGUUGUCUCAUCAAGUGUGGCUUUGGCAUCUUCAGAGACCUCGAGAUCGGCAACCCUGCCUGGGUUUCCUACCGUCUCAGUGCCUACAGGUGCAUCGUCACUGGCGCCGAGCUCGUCGAUGUCCACGGAAACGGGAGCCACCACCGCAGUACUAACGCUAUCGUCCCCCAUACUCAUAUCAAGUUCUGUCGCGAUAUCAACUGUCUCUGCCAUUGUUCCUACCGAAGGCUCCAGCACCGAGCUAGCGCUAUCAAGCAACAGUGCUUCAUUGGGUGUAUCCUCGAUGCCUUCUGCCGCAUCAGCCACUGGAGCACCGCCAGCGUCUCAUCCCCGGGAUCAGCAAUGGCGCCUCCGGCUUCCAUUUCAGCGCCUGUGACCUCGACGACAAUCACCAGUAGCUUUGUCACCACUCUUGCUACGAACUCUUCCACCUCACAGAUUACCGACUUAAUUACGACUGAACUUACGACUUUGUAUGUAACAUUCGAAGUAGAAGAGCAUCUUUCACUACAGAGCCAGUCCCUCUCCCGCCCCUUCUUGCAGCCUGGUGCCCUGCUGUUCAAAUGGGGUAUCAUCAUCGAGGGCACCGCCAUCAGGAGUCGCGUCGCCCAGUCCUCCAAACUCCGAAGCACCGUCCGUAGGUAUCUCAACCGGCGUCUUGCAUUCGAGCAGUCCCAAUUCGAUUCCUUCGCCGUCGGGACUACCAUCAUCAAGCUCAAAUCCCUCACCCCUCUCGAGUUUACCAGGCCCAGACGUGUCGCCUCCUCAAGCGUCACCAUCCUGGCUCACUUUUACGACUAUUGCAAGCUCAGCGGUGCUUUCAUCGUUGAAUCCAAGUUCAGCAUUGUCUUCUCCUUCUGA